AUGUUGUUCUUGUGGACUGUUGUGGCCUUCAACUUAUGGGGUGCAUAUCAUCCUGUGCCAGGAUUCAUUCAUCCCAACCAGAACAUCGUGACGAGAGCCAAGGGCGCCUUCAUGGCAGCGUGCACGGCAACGUCUGUCACUAAAAUGGCGAAGAACAUCUAUCACACGAACAUUCAUCACACGAACAAAUAUCGCACAAGCCGCCAAGACGAAAGCUCGGUUGGGAUUGCAGUUGGAUUUCCUAACGUCACGUCACUGAGUGUGUAUCGCAUGCGGGCUCCAGACGAUGAUUUCCGCUGCUGGGAGUGGGAGUCGGGCCCUGAGCAACCUUUCAUCCCCCCCUCGGAAGAAGCUUCGUGGUACUUGAUCUCCGCAAACGCUGCCUAUGCUCUUGUGCAAUACACUCGUCGCCAACGGGGCUUUUCCUCCCACUCACAAGAUUCCAAGAGGAAGACUGAGUUGGCCCAUGGGAGUAAACAAGGGACAACAUCUAGCUCUGUGGACGUCGACAACUGCUCCAGCAACGCUGAAACGAAUGCACCUCCCAACAGCGAGAUGGAGACAUCCGCCGACCUUGUCAAGGAGCCCAAAGGUAAACAGGUUGCUAGGGAACCACCAACGAUGCCCGCGAACUCGCACUCUGAGGUGCAUCCGGAGGAGAUGACCACCGUGGAGCCCAAGCCACGCCCAACGAUGCCUGCGGAGUCGCACUCUGAGGGGAGUCCGGAGGAGACGGUCGCCCCGGAGUCUAAAAGUGAAGAGGCUGCUAGAAAACCUUUGAUAGUGCCUACAAGCUUUUGCUCUAAGGCUUAUCGUUUGUUUUCCUACCUGGUCAGGCUGCGACCCAAGACUGAACAGGCGGACCCGGAGGAGACAACUACCGUGGAGCCUAAAGAACCCCCGACACGACCUGAGACUGAGCAGGUAAAUCCGGAGGAGACGGUCGCCUCGGAGCCCAUAAGUGAAGAGGUUGCCAGAGAACCCCCUACAACCCCCGCCGAGUCGUGCUCUGACGCUGGACCUUCGUCUUCCCACCUGACCGGGCAGCGGCCUGAGACUGAGCAGGUGAAUCCGGAGGAGACGGUCGCCUCGGAGCCCACAAGCGAGGAGGUUGUUAGGGCAUCCCCCACGACGCCCACAGCUUCGCAGUCCGAGCUAAAUCCGGAGGAGGCAGCCACCACGGAGCCUGAAGGUGGAGAAGUCGCCAUGGAACCCCCCACGAAGCCCGCAGAGUCGCACUCUGAGGCUGGACCUUCGUCUUCGCACUUGGCCGGGCAGCAACCUGAGACUGAGCAGGUGAACCCGGAGGAGACGGCCGCCACAGAGGGCGACGCCAACUCGGCCAGCAGUCGUCUUCGUCCCAGAAAGUGCCGACCCAGCAAGGCGCGACGGGACCGCGCGAAAAGACGACUCGCACACGAGGCAGCCGAAGCCGCUCAACUUGAGGCCGAGGCAAAUGCGGAUGCGCCCAGCGACCUUGCCCCGGAGCCUAAAGGCAAAGAGGCCGUCAGAGAUCCUCCCAGGACUCUCGCGGACUUGCCUACUGAGGCAGACGCGGCUCUGGAGGCACUUGCUGAGGCUGGGACGACUGGUCAUGGCCAGAUGCUCGAAGGUGCCGCCGAAACCUUCACACCUCUUGCGGACUCGCUCGCUGAGGCCAGCACGACUGAUGGGCCGAAAAACAAGCCCAGUCAGAAGAAGCGGCGUCAGCUAGCCAGACGUGAGGCGGAAGCGGCCCUUGCUGCUCAGGCCGAGGCUGGCCCCAGCUAG